AUGAGAGCUCUGAUCAUCAUCGUCUUGCUGGCUGCCUUGGUGGCAGCAGAGCAACAUAAACGUGAGGCUGAGCCCGGCUAUGUCGUCAGCUACGGGCAUGGUGGCCGUGGACGUGGCUUCGGCGGAUUUGGACACGGCUUCGGAGGCCAUGGACACGGUUUCGGAGGCCACGGACUAGGUUUUGGAGGUCACGGUUUCGGAGGCUAUGGACAUGGUUUCGGAGGCUUUGGACAUGGUUUCGGAGGCCAUGGACAUGGUUUUGGAGGCCAUGGAUUUGGCUUUGGAGGCCACGGACACGGCCUCAGAGGCUACGGUGGAUAUGGUCGUGGUUAUGGUUACGGUCAUAUGAUGAACAAUACAAUAAAUAAAUUAUCCAUGAAAAAAAAUAUAUGGCUACUAAGAUUUCAUGCUGUCUUCUGUCAGAUCAUCAUCGUCUUGCUGGCUGCCUUGGUGGCAGCAGAGCAACAUAAGCGUGAGGCUGAGCCCGGCUAUGUCGUCAGCUACGGGCAUGGUGGCCGUGGACGUGGCUUCGGCGGAUUUGGACACGGCUUCGGAGGCCAUGGACAUGGUUUCGGAGGCCACGGACUAGGUUUUGGAGGUCACGGUUUCGGAGGCUAUGGACAUGGUUUCGGAGGCUUUGGACAUGGUUUCGGAGGCCAUGGACAUGGUUUAGGAGGCCAUGGAUUUGGCUUUGGAGGCCACGGACACGGCCUCAGAGGCUACGGUGGAUAUGGUCGUGGUUAUGGUUACGGUCGUUAA